CGUUAUUCUUGCUUGGGCCUUUUUUUUUUUGCUUGAAUACCGAAAGGCACAGAAAUACGCGAACGCGACGAGUCGUACCACUUUUGAUGUAUACAUGCACAUAGUCUUCAACAAGUGUUGGUCUUUUGAACAUUUGGUGGAUUUAGUUUUCCAGUGACAAAUACAUAAACGAGCAUGGUCUUUCCCUUUUCUGCCGCGCCAAGGUGGGUUACGGCGUCGUUUAAGAGCAAGCGCGACUCGGCGUCAGUUCCUGGUGCUACGAACCCACCCUCGGCGAGAAGUAGCGGUCUUUUCACCGCCCGGAGCACCGCUUCAGCCUCUGUCGCAACAUCCGCUUCGAAGCCGACCAUGGACAAGCAGCAACCUUUUCCUGCCAAAAGCAGCGCGGGUCAACAACAUGCCUUAGAUGAAACAGGUCGCGGUGCGGCCGACGGAAACGAACCAGUGUCGCAGAGAGAGGAAGAGGUGGUGCGUAGCGUAGUUGGCGACUUCGAGAUCACGACGAGAAAAUCCCCGGGUAAAAACGAAGCGACGCACGAAGUGAAGCGACUUGUGGACGACAGCAGUGGGCGCGAGAAGCGGGAGAGGAGCGAGGAACGAAAAGUAGAGGAAACAACGGAGAUCGCCUCCCAGGUAGCGAAGACUCUGUUCACUACUUCCGACUCUAGCACUCCUUCGGUGCCGGUUGCGCCGAGUAAACAAGGUCGUGGUCUUGCCGGAAUAGAAACUGCCUCCGCCGCGGAAGCUCUUUUGUCCGCGCGCCGAGCUGCUCCUGUGGUCCUAGGAACGGCGACAGCCGCAGGGACAGCGGGCCCUAUUUUGUUUCAUCAACAGCACGCGCAGAACCUCUCCGCGUCCGUGCCGGGGCACUUCGUGUUGCCGCAUCAGCAAUUGGGCAGUCUCGCAACUACUAGCUUGACCCCCCGCGUCGUCGCGGUCCCGGCCUUACAGACGAUGCCGCAGUUGUAUCAAGAGCAAAUAAUAUGUCUGGGUCCUCUGGAAGAACACUGCAACCUGUCAUGCUAAUAAAUCUGAAUCGCACAUCAACUCGCACAUCAAAAUAUAAUCUGUAUUGCAUGAACGCCAAAGCUGCCAAUCUGAGUGAUACAAGACAUGCAUGAGAAAUACGGGCAUUGUUCCAGGGGGCCCAGACAUGUUUGCAGUUGAUACAUUACAGGUGACCGCCGGGUUGACGCACAAAGACCUCACUGCGCGCGCGCGGUUGGAGCCAGCUGUAAUAAGACCCGUUGCUGCACCAGGAGGUCGGACCACCGCAACGCGCGGCGGCAGCAGCAGCAGUACAGCGAACAGCUUCAGCGAAAGCUGCACGGGUAGAAGCACUAGUGGCAAGAACCACCGCAACGACCCGGCUGGACUUUUUGACGACCGCAAUUCUCUUCACAAUGAGGAGACGUCGAGAAUAAGUGGUACCAGCAGAGAAGGACGUGAUAAUAGUACUAACACCGGGUCGACGACGGCGGUGUUGCAGCAACAAGCUGCCGUCCAGCACGCUCCGCCGGUAGCUGCAGCAAGAACAGCCACUACUGUAGUUUCAGCCGCUUCUGUCAUCACUACACGGCAAAAUAACCGCGCCGCGCCACCGAUCGGGAUUGCGAUUCCGCGGCUCAACUUGAACGCCGCAAAAUUGAACGCCAGCACUACGCUCAGCCUGUUCAGCUCACGGCCGCCGACCACUGUGCCCUCCAGUCGCGAGGAGAGCAGAUUUGAUAACGUACUCUCGCAAGAACCGGGUGGACAGGAGCGGACAACUGAGUCUCUGUUGUCCGCGAGAACUACAUCUAGUAUGCAGGAGCACCGCGACAAGAUGUUGAACAUGGCAGGAGCUCAAGGCUGUCGCCCGAUGAAAAUCGUGACCUCCAAUGGAGCUACUUCGAAAAGCCAGACACGGCCCCAUCCGACGAAAAUUCUCGGGAACGCACCUCCAAGCAAUGUGUAUAAUUCGACCACGGGUAGCAAGAACUACAUCACGACCCAUCAACAUCCUGGCACCAGCCAAACUGGCAGCAGGGUUGUUUCAUUCCGCCAGCAUGCAACGAAAACUGUAAAAAGCGGCUUCUCGUCUCAGCAACAGCCAGUGCUCGCCUAUUACGAGGACCCACAGGACGAGGGCAAUGGCACUGCCACUGACACUGACGACGACGCGCUACUUUCCUCCUCCGCGGGGAAAAUGCUGAAGCGGAGUUCUUUGCUUGAACAAGAGAAAAUAAAGGCCAAGAACCUCCUCGCGAGCAGUUCGGAAGUUCUGCAGAAGUUGGAGACGAUGGACCUAGAGAGCAUCGCGUCCCCGGCGAAGCGAGUAGACACCGCCACCGUCGUGCGCAAGACCCACCCCUCCAAAAUGGUGGACGAAGAGGACGAGAUUAUAGGGUGGAACAACAAGAACUCCGAAGAUGCUGCUCGUCCGGAAAGCAGGAGCGCCUCGCACAAUAAGUGUAGUUCACAGGUAACUUCUGCGGUAACAGUUGCGCACAGCAGAUCUUCAGACAGCUCUUGUUCAUACACGGAAGCAGAAGUAGAAGAUGAAGAUGUCGGACAACUUCAUGAUCAAAAUCCAGAACAGCUCGACGAAGACGAAGAGGAGAUCCAAGAAAUCCGGGAGGAGCUGAAGAAGGCGAAAAUACCGCUGCUCCAGCCGGAGUGGAACAGUAAGCCCACGUAUCGAAUGAAAACAAGUCCUCUGGAUCAUCGGGAAGGGUGCGUAAUAUGCUUGUUGUGCUGGUGAUGCACGCCGGCCCAGAAGGUCUGGCAUGCAGGGCCUAGCAUCAGAAUUUGUGUUGAGACAGUAUCUGAUAUGUCGAACUCUCAUGACAAAUUAAUCCGCUCUUUUGCUGACAAGAAGUGGGCAAGUUUUGCUGUUCAUACAUGAGAGAUGUUUGCGUGAUCUAAAAUACGCAUCACAACAAGCAUGCAGUCUUCCAGACCUAGACACAUAUUGGCAAAAAUGCAUACCACGGACAUCUUCGAGAAGGACAAGCGGAAGACCUUCAGCACCCAGAACACCAGGGUGGUGGUGGUCAAAGCCAAGAAAUCCAAUUACGAACUGGAGUGCCAGCGACUCGUGCGCGAUGGAAAAUCACCAUGUGCUGCAGCUUCGCGGUGAAUUUCUUGUGUAGAAUAGAAAGUUGUGCAUAAUUAUUGCGUGUAGCAAGGAAGGAGACCAAGACAGCUCUUGCGUUUUAGGCAACUUUUUUGCAUGAGAAAUGUAUUAUUUUUUUGACCUUGAUCAUGAGCACAUAAAUUGUGAUUUGUCUGCUUGCAUAACUUGACCGGCUGAUCCAGGAUGGAUUGAUUCAGCAAAAGCUGCACCUGAAGAAAGCCCAGAAGACGGUAGAUCAAGUGUCGGCCAGCGAGAAGAGGUUGGUGGGGCAAGCGCUGAAGCAGCUCUCGCAAAUCAAACGGCGGGCCGAGGAGGCCAAGCUCCACUGUCGGACCCGGGUGGGGGAGAAGGGAGAGAAGAAGAGGAAUUUGGAAAAACUCAUCGACGUGUUGGAGGAAGAGGAGCAGGAAAGCGCGUUUCUGCCGGACUACGUCAAGUUGCUGAGGGGGAAAAUGCAGGCAUUCAAAGAGAAGGUGCUGGAAGUAGAACGAGAACUGCCGAAAAGAAGAACGGAGUCACGGUAGGAGCGAUUUUUGGUAUAAGAGAUAAAAUGGAAAUUAGCAUCCUGGACGAGAAAAGGUCUUUCACUAUACUGGUCGUACGAAGAACACAAAAAACCCAAACAUCACAGCAUUGGCCACCGCGAACGCAUUGACCGCAUGGACUGUGAAAUCGCGGAGUCUUUUAUCAGCAGAAAAAUGGGUUCUUGUGCCCUGCCAUACGCAAAGCGAACUUGUAUUGCUCCGGCAAAUUAUCGUCGUGCUCGUGCCCUAAUUUACACUGAGUGUAGUUUUAUGCGACGCGAUAGAUUUAAAUUCAUCUUCAUCCUUCUCCCUGUCUUUCACCUUCACGUCGAAGUUUGAGCAUGAGGCUUUGUGGCGCGCCGGAGAGCACUAGAUAGCCGCCUUUUUUCCACAUCUCCAUACACGCUAGCAUCGUAGAGGAUUUGCAGAAACUAACCACGUACGGGGACCUGCUCACGACGGCCUUUGAAGAAGUGCGCGUGGAGAAGGUUGAUCACUUGACAACAAAAUUAGAGAAAUACGUGCAGAAAAUGUACCAACUCGUAGUCAUGGUGGAGGGCGACGACAACGAUCCGAGUGAGGUGCUGUGGUCCGCGCGAAGGAACUACAACAAGACCGGAACAACAAUUGUAGCGACGACCCCAAGGACAACUGGAACUGCUGCUGCUGCUGCUGUGCGAGACCAUCAGUCGCCGGGGUUUUAUUCGCUAGUCGAUGACGAGUUUAUUCGGAACAACAGUACUAGCCGCGGUGGUACCUCCGCUAGUACCGCGCCUGCUGCCCGUAGUUCUUCUGCCUCCAGUCCCUCCCCGUUCAAGACAACUUGUCCCAUAUCAACUGUAAAAAUGUCUGGGUCUGGAAGAAUUCAUGUUUGUCAUGCUUGUCUGGUAUGACUCUUAAAUCUGUCAUGCACGUUACCCAAGAGCUCCGUUUUUCUGUGAUACAGAAGCGCAGUUUGUCAUGCAGAAUAGGCAACACCUAGGAGCUCAGAAACUUGCCAUGCUGAGCCAGCAUUUGUAGCCUCAUCAUGAGACGCCACCCAGCAUCACAAGUUCCCAGACCCAGACAUUUUUACUUUUGAUAUCCCACGGGGAUAAACCAAGUGCUAGUCGCCGCACUGAAUCUCCAGGGCAGCAGUCCGGAAAACAAGAACAAAUUCAGUUCACUAUUACAAUGAAAAAUUAAAAUGCCCCCACCCCCGAACUUGGGAGCAUUUGUAUUGCAAACCUUGGCAAAUGAAACAUUCGCCCUCUUGCACCUAUCAGCAUCACAGGUUUCCAAUCGUGAAUAGCAAAAAUUUGUAUUGCAAAAGACCCCAGCAAGAGCGGCGCUUGUCAUGCAAGCGAUGCGAUACACGCCUAAACUCUGCUGCAUCAGAAAGAUUCAUACUCCUUUCAUGCAUGACAAAAAGUUUUCAUUUGGAAACUUCGCAUCACAAAUUUUUGCAAUUUCAGGGGUGGGGGGCACUUUUCACUGUAAUACUCACCGUCGAGCAAAACAAACAGCAGCCAGCAGCCACGGGAGACGCGUGCGGGCGUUCCGGAUUUUUCUCCCUCGUUGAAGCGGGCGGCGAGCUACGCCACCUCCAACCUUGACAGUGAUGAGGUAGAAAAAAGACUGAGCGCAAAGGACGAGAAGGUAGUGUACUGAAAUUCCUUUGUGUCUCUGUUCAUGAGGUGCUUUUGUUUGAAGGAGCAUGUUCUCUGUUCAGUUCAAAGCAAAGUCUGAAACUUCAACCACACUUCUUAUACAAGGUGACCAUUAUGCGGGAAUACAUGCAGAAUCGGACCGCCAAACUUACCACGACCGUGGCCUCAACAACCAAUAAAGCGGCAGCCAGUGCAGCUAAUAUCGCGGCCGACCCAAAGCCCAAGUGGAAGAUUGGGUCCUACCGGCAAGCAGCUAUUGUGGCUCCACUGGGGAAGGCGGUGGAAAACCCGGAGGCGUGGAGGUACGGGCACGGGUUUCCACUGCACUACAAUUGAGGACCAGGAUCAUGCCUGGAUGCCUUGUUCCGACGGAACGCGUAAAUAAAAGUGAAAGUGGCGGCUGAUGAAGACAUUGUAUGAUGACUGUGAAAUCUAAAUCGAAAUCCACAGCUUGCUGCGUUAGCGUUCCGCACUAGAAGUGUUUGGCAUAGUUGCGAUUCUAAACGUCUCAGUUUCAUCCAAUAGUAAUAUGGCAUGACCAUAAAAUUCUUGAUUUCAACUACAACCCGAGACACAGGAUUCAAGUUCAUCGAGUAUAGUUCAGAAAAUGAGUCUCCACGACGACAGUACGGUUUAUUUAGUUGACUUUUACUGUUUCAGGUACAGAUUCAGAUGAUUAUUACUACAUUCCCACGCCAUGAUGCGUAGUCGCAGAGCAUAUGGAUGAGAAUCCGAAAGACCACAGACAAGGCAGCAGUAUUUUCUUGCUGUGCGAACUUUUGCAUGAGUGAGGAGAUCUGCUUCAAGCGUGUUCGAAAACAAAACUAUUUCUUGCUGCACGAUCCGUGGGCAUAACGAGAAGAUCACUACUAUUUUUCACGAUCUCCUACUUACUUUUCUAGGACAUCACAGACAUCCACGCGUUUGUAUCGAGUCAGGUACUUCUUUGCGGUUUGACUACUGUAGUUGUUUGUAGUGAAGUAUUGCAGUACGUUUUUUGUAGUGAAGUUUCCAAUUUACAACUUUGUCCACUAGGUGUGUAAGUACUCUUUUUCUGAGAUGAAGUAAAUAGAGAGCUCCUCCACGCAGCAAGCCGUAUUUUGAAAAA